AAUACAAAGACAAAACUGGAUUUUACUUUUCAUUAGUACUAAAAGGACAAAGAUUAGUAAAAGCAUUAUAAGAAGACAAUAAUAUAGUUAAUUUGUUAUCUUUUUCCAAAUUUCCCUAAAUUAUAACCCGUUGAAAAUACGAAACAUAUUGGAAAUAUCGAAAGACAACAAACCCUAAAAGGUUUGUUACUCUCAACCACCGUUGCAGCUUUGAACACCGCCACUUUCUCGAGGGAUGGCGUCGCAUUCUACGUCUUCAACCACCGUCCCCCGUAAAAGAUCCAAAACUCAGAGCGAAGUGGCAGUGAGUCCGAGUUUUGAUGAUCUUCCAUCAAGCCUCUUGGAAGUAAUAAUGUCUCGGCUUGUACUAAAAGAUAACAUCCGUGCCUCAGCUUCUUGCAAAACAUGGCGCGAAGCUGCAGUAUCUGUUCGUGUAGUAGAAACACACCCUUGGCUUUUUUGUUUUCCUAAACGUGGCACUUCGUUUGAACUCCUCGAUCCGUUACACUGGAAGACGUACACUUUGAAUCUGCCGGAGCUAGCUGACUCCACUUUGUGUUACUCAAGAGACGGCUGGUUACUUAUGCGUAGAUCCGUCUCAAAAGACAUGUUCUUCUUCAACCCGUUUUCUCGGGAGCUCGUAAGCUUGCCCAAGUUUGAGCAGUCUUUUCUGGUGAUUGCAUUCUCUUGUCCUCCUACAUCGAAUCAUUGUGUUGUAGGCCUUGUGUCAUCGUUACGUUUUGAUGUAGAAGAUCAAGAGAGAAGGAUAACCAUCAGCACUUGCCAUCCUGGAGCAACUGAGUGGAUCACUCAAGAGUCCGAGUUCCAUUCUGUUUUUUUAUGGCAUGAUAAGCAACAUAGCAAGCUUUUCUAUCUCCAUAAUAGAUUCUAUUUCUUUCACUGCUUUAACCAAGGAGGAGGGAGUCUGCACUCGUUUCACACAUCUUCUCGCACAUGGGAUUCUCAUUAUGCAUAUGUCUCUAGUGAACAUCAAUUGAGUUAUUACCAGAAAGCAUCUUUUUUGACAGAGAAGAAUGGAGAGCUCUUUCUCAUGCUUACAAGUGGGAAUGAGAAGCCAUUGAUCUAUAAACUAGUCUCUUCCAAUUGGGUGAAGAUGAGUCUUACUGAGCUUGACGGCUUGACAUUCUUUGUCAGUUUUUAUAACUCCGAGCUAAGAAAUAAUCUCCCAUGGAUGAGGAACAAUGUAUACUUUUCAAGAUUUGGUUACAAUCGCAAGAGUUGUGUCUCCUACUCGCUUGAUGAAAGCAUGUACAGUCCGUGUAAGGAAUGGCACAGCUGGCAACAACUUUGUCCUCCUCAAAGCAUCUGGAUCGUUCCGCCCGAGAACGUGUUAGACUAUUUGUGAGAGUUGCAUAAAAAUUAAUUGAGUUUAGUGUUUUAGUUUAAGGCUUUCUAAAAGUUUCUUCAUCUUUAGUUGACGUCCCAAAUUUUGCUAAUUUCGUUUCUCUAAUGUUUAAGCAGUAGAAAAUGAUGCAGAAUUAAAUAGAAUAUUAUCUUCACUAAAACUGAUAUAUAUAUAUCUUUAUAUAUAAAGAAAGCAUUGUAUCUCUCCUGAGGGCUCUACGUCGGAAAUAGGGUCUCCCUCGCGCUGACACGUCAGAUCCGCAGCGUUUCAUUAAACCGUGUGUUUUUAUUUUGACUGGGCCUUACAUUCGUUACAGUUGGCAAGCCCAGCAAUUACUUCAUCCAGCUGUAAACGCGGUUCUCAGCGUCGUUUUGCUAAUAGGGUUUUGUGCUUAGCUUUCGUCUCUACCAUACGAUGUCGAGACAGAAGCAGAGUCCCUUGUGGCGCAGCCGAUCUUUCACCUUCUUCUUUCCGUAUGGCGGCCAUUGGAACUAGGGUUCAUCGUGUUCUUCGUUCUGUUGCUAGCCAAAGCGACAAUGGUGUAUUCAACAAUAUAUUUGUGAGACGAUUCCCUGGAUUGGGCUUUCUUCGUGUCGUUUCGUCUUCGUUUUUUUCUCUCUGGAACCGUUACAGGAUCAAUUUAUUCACAGCCAUUAACGAGGUUCUUAAAUUCGACCCACGCUGUAACCGUGAUUUCUCAUUCAUUGUAUCUUUCUAACUUCAAGGCUGUGCGUCUCCAACUAUAAAAAGAGCAAAACAGAGACCAUGAAUGGAAAUUGAAGGAGAGGAUCAGAAACUGAGUCUUCAUCAAGACCUUGAGUCUAAUAGCCUACGAGGACCAGGUUCUGCACCCCAAGGAUCGGACAAACAAUAAUCAAGAUGCACAUAAAGAGGUGAUGAGAGAUUCAGAGACUCUAGAAAAUCUGCAGCUUGAUAGGAAAAGCUUCCAAGCUUCUUUCCAAUAAAUCCAAGAUUGAACUUUUGAUUGGUUUAAUUGUGAUGUUGGAAUGUGUGGGAUAUAACAAGUGAAGAAGAAAGGAAAGAUUGAUAUUUUAAAUAUAUAACGACCAGUUACUCUCAUCCAUAAAAAAACAAUCUUAGUGGGUGGUGUUGUCUUAUAAUGCUAACGAGACAUGGUCUCAAUGCUAUAUUGCUAGCAUAUUAAUGUGUGUAUCGUUUUUUCCUGUUCAUAAAGUAUUAGUUGAGCUUCUUGUGGUGUUUCGCAUGUAGCUUAUCUUUACUUCAAAGAAAUAUCAGUGAUAUUGAUGACAA